AUGGUCUUUUUACUGAAUUCAUUUGCAGUUUACUCGACACUUACACUUCCAGAGCAAUUUCGACCUUUGGAACCUACUAAUAAUGCAACUGGAAACUCAAUAAUAGGAGGAUCGAACAACUCUUCUGGGACUGAUGGCAAGAAUUCGCCCCUAUCAAACACAACACGAGAUAGAAACAGCUCACCAACAAUUUUGCAAUGUACACUCGCUGGCGCAAUUGGGGGAGUCAUUGGUGAUACAUCUGUGCACUCAUUAGAUACGGUAAAGACAAGGCAGCAAGGGGCAUUUGAUGUACCUAAAUACAAGGGAACUUUUAAUGCGUACAAAGCAAUUUGGAAAGAAGAGGGAUUUUUCAGAGGCUUAUACAGUGGAUACAGCGCAGCGAUGUUAGGGUCUCUUCCAAGUUCUACAGCGUUCUUUUUUGUUUAUGAAGGUAUCAAACGGAUAGCAAUAAAUAAUAUGCAUCUCAAUGAGAGUGUGAGCUAUUUAGGAGCUGGAUUUUUGGGUGACUUCGUCUCUUCCAUCUUUUAUGUUCCUUCAGAAGUUCUUAAAACAAGGCUACAGCUUCAAGGCCGACAUAACAAUCCUCACUAUAUAUCUGGAUACAACUAUACCGGACUUUUUGAUGCGGCUAAAACAAUAAUUCGUGACGAGGGUUGGCAGACCCUUUUUUAUGGAUAUAAAGCCACACUUUUCCGUGAUUUACCAUUUUCGGCCUUGCAGUUCACAUUUUAUGAAAACUUCAGGGACUGGGCCUUUGAGCUAACUAGAAGAAGAAAAAACCAUGAUCAUCUUCCAACAGGUUUAGAAAUGCUUACCGGUGCAGCAGCUGGAGGGCUUGCGGGAACUUUGACCACUCCAUUUGACGUUGUUAAGACCAGGAUGCAGACCCAAAACGGCUCUUCUGCUGGUCUUCUUCUCACUUCAAACUCUUUGUUCAAAAGUCUGGGUAUUAUUUAUCAAAAGCAAGGACUUAAAGGAAGCUUUAGCGGGGUAGGUCCCCGUUUUGUUUGGACCAGUAUUCAAAGCUCAAUUAUGUUGCUAUUGUACCAGACAUGUGUCCAAAUUCUCACUUCCGAGAGGUUAUCGUUUGAUUAA